UUACUUUAAAAAUCUGUGCAAAUACAAGUGUCAAUUUGGGUAUUAAGCCAUAGUUAUAGGCACUUUGUCCAGAAUCGGAUUUUGGAUUUUAGUAUAUACUGUAUUCGAAUUUUAAGGUUAUUAGUAUUGAACUUAUUACAGUUUUAAAAUUUUGGAUUCAAAAUUUAAUAUUUGUUGACAUUUUUGUGUUUUCACGUAAUAAAUCUAUUCUCCGGGUCGAAAUGAAUCCGUGCCGAAGCACUGGAUCCGCCCCCGGGCUUAUUUCAUAAAAAGCUAGCAAUAAAAAUUAAUGAUUGAUUCUUUCUCAUAUUUUUGUAGAAGAUGGCUUGGAACAUAGCAAUAAUUUCUAGCUUUCUAUAUAUUGCCAAACUUGAAAAACUUUCUUGGUAGCUUCCAAUGAGAAAGUGAGCAAAUGGAAGGUUUGAUUUUUAUUUUUUAAUACUGACUAGUACCAUUUCCUUUUUCGCUUUCACCUUUGGAUGUAUCUAUAAACCAUUAGAUAUCUGAAAUGAAUAUAGACAGGGCGGAUCAAAGAUUUUAACUUUAUGGGUUCGUAAUUUUCUUAACCCACAAUUCAUUUGAUUUUCUAGGUUCAGAACAUAUUUUUGUACCUAUAGGGUCUAAGCCGAAGCUAUUGGAUUCGAUUGAACCUGCUCGUUAUGUUGUAGAUACACCGGUGAAUAUAGCUUCUAUUUCUACAGUGUAGGUCAUCCAUUUUGGAGACUUUGGUUCUGAAAAUGAUGAGAAGUUGCUGUUGAUAUGCAGAGUCAAGAAGUCAAGUUUUUCUAGUGCUGUCAAUGACUAAGAGAGGCUAAUGUGAACAUUUCCUUUUUUUUUUCUUCACCUUCCUUUUCCCUAUUAAGUCUGGCCCAUGUUAUACGUUUGGUUCCACAAAGUGUUUCUUUUUGACAAAUUUAUGACAAUUUUGAUGUUAAGAAAUUCUUGUGAUCUAGCUAGACUUAUAAUUCACAAACCUUCAGCUAGCUUUCCUCUUCUUUGCAAUAGGAUUCAAAAUGGCUUUGGCUUAUUCUUUUAUUUGCUUCCUUUUAUCUCUUCUUCUGAUGUUAGUUCAGACAAAGGGCAGAAGUGAUUCAACUUGUCCAAAGUCUUUUUCAUGUGGAAAUCUUACUGACUUGAGCUUUCCUUUCUCUCUUUCCACACAACCAGACUGUGGACUAAUGUCCAUGUCUGAUUGUGAUGCUAAACCAUUUCCAAGAAUCCAACUGCUUCCUGGAGGAGAUUGGUACUAUGCUUUAGAGAAGCAUAAUUCAUCAGUUUGGCUUGGCGACCCGAAGCUUCAACGCGAUUGCGAGGCUUUUAACAAAAAUUUCUCCCUUCAAAACUCUCCUUCUAUUUCUUUCACUACUCUUUCACUUCAAAAUAUCUUCAAAUGUAACAGUACCAGUCAUAAUAUUACGCAGAAGAUGAAAGAUCAUUUUGCUGGUUAUAAAAUGUACAAUGGCUGUAAAGGCUUCAGCAUAUACUACAAGCUUCCCGGAGACAUUCGAGCAGACAAUCUUCCUACCAACUGUUCACCUAUCAGAUUGCCAUUGCACUCGGUAUCAAGAGAUGGUGAUUUGUUUGACUUGUUAGGUCCCAAAUUUCUAGUAGAAUGGGAACUGUCUGAUUACUGUUACCACUGUCACUAUAGUGGAGGUCAAUGCCAGACUGAUAUUACCAACAAUUUUUGUUGUCACAAAGAUGGAAAAACAACUAGAAGAAGUAUGAUGGGGCUGAUUCUGGCAGCAGUUCUUGGUGGAGUAGGAUUGGCGAUGAUAACUUGUUUAGUUGUCUAUUUUAUCUGGUGUCACAAGAGGAGGAAAUUUAGUCCAUCCCACUUCCUCUCCACAAAGAAAUUGUCAGAUAUUUUUAAACAUGAUGUUGAGGGAGGCAGUAUAUUCUUUGGUGUCCCAGUUUUCACUUAUUCAGAACUUGAAGAAGCCACAAAUGAUUUCACUUCCUCUCGAGUACUUGGAGAUGGAGGUUUUGGAACUGUUUACUAUGGAAAACUUAAGGAUGGAAGAGAGGUUGCUGUAAAGCGCCUUUACGAGCACAACUGCAAGCGAAUGGAGCAGUUUUUAAAUGAAAUUGAGAUCCUUACUAGACUAAGGCACAACAAUCUAGUCACCCUCUAUGGCUGCACUUCAAGCCGAAGCCGUGAACUACUCCUUGUCUAUGAAUAUAUUCUUAAUGGAACUCUUGCUGAUCAUCUCCAUGGUCGCAGAGCGAAGAAACGAUCACUCGCGUGGCCAAUCCGCAUGAACAUUGCUAUAGAAACUGCUGGUGCAUUGGCUUACUUGCACGCUUCUGACGUAAUACACUGCAAUGUCAAGACUAAUAACAUACUCCUUGAUCACAAUUUUAGUGUUAAAGUUGCAGAUUUUGGGAUUUCAAGGCUCUUCCCAAAUGAUGUCUCUCAUAUUUCAACUGCACCGCGGGGAACCCCUGGCUAUAUUGAUCCAAAGUAUCACGAAUGUUACCAGCUGACUAGUAAAAGCGAUGUUUAUAGCUUCGGGGUGGUCCUUGUCGAGCUCAUUUCAUCAAUGCCAGCUGUGGACAUGAAUAGGCAUAGCCAAGAGAUUAAUUUGGCUAACUUUGCAAUAAACAAGAUAGUAAAAUGUGCAUUUAACGAGUUGAUCGAUCCAUCCCUGUGGUUCGAUUCAGAUACCAAGAUUUGGGAAAUGACUACUUCAGUGGCAGAACUAGCUUUUCUAUGUUUGCAGACAGAUAGGGACACGAGGCCUACUAUGGUUGAAGUUUUGGAUACUCUAAAGGAGAUUCAGACUAGUGAAUUUAAUGAUGAGAAGAAAGCUAAAGUAGUAGCAGCUCCUCCUUUCCCUGAAUCAGAAGAUAUGUUAUUAUUGAAGCAAGUCAAAUCACUACCUUCACCAAAUUCUGUAACUGAUAAAUGGAUUACUUGCUAUGAUAUAAAUAUUACAAAGUAGUUCAGGUUGUAUACCCCUUUUUCUUUAUGUUCUUGAUGUAAAUUUUGAGAGACAAUGAAUGUACUACUUAGAGAGGUUUCUUGAGCUAUGUAUCUAUGAAUGAAGGUGAUUCCAUUUCUAAUCUCA